AUGCACGCCUGCUUGGCUCGCUGGCCUGUCACCACACCUCGAGGCUUUCUUCCUCUCCCUUCACAGCCCGACUUUCAGGCCGCCAGUCCACCCUCCAAUUCCACCGGUUCUGACUUCGCCACCGUCGUCGGCUGCACCUACUGGCUUCGACUGGCCACUGACUCGGGCGUGGCCGUCUCAAUUGCAGGCGCCGUGGCCGCCGCCCUGCGAGAUCAGCCUCCGCUGCCACAGCAACAGCACCAACAUGACCGUGGAAACCGGUCUUACGACAGGCUUGACACUCGAUAUCGUCCGGACAUGGAUCGCAGUUACUUAUUUGCCCCAUAUCCAUCUGAAGGGCAUUGGUACCUCAGUCUCUACACCGAGUGUUAUUCCGCAGAACCGUCCUACUGUGCAGAGAUCUUGGGAAUUGGGAUAGACGCUGCCAUCGUGGUUCGCACCAAGGCCUGCAUAGACUUCCGCUGCAGGGAGAUCGGCGAGCCCCCAACUGUGACGCCAUCACGGGUCAUGGAUACUAACGUCAGACAGACUGUCCAGCUGCUUGGCCAACCUUAUCCAUUUGGAGUCUCGCCUCGAACUCGCUGGCGGCCCGAAUGGUGGUGGGACCAACUACGCGCAUCUUAUCUUCAUCAUUCGGUGGCAAAACGCUCCAGGAAUGCUUCUCACUCGGACUCAUUGUUAGAGUCCCGCGUUCAGCCUCCUAAUGCACCCUUUGACUUGUCCCUGCUCUACGCUCCCUAUCAUAGACUGGCCGUCGUCCUCGAGACCUACAGAAAGGCUGGCCUCCAUACGCCAGGUACGUGA